AGUGUCUUAGUAUUUCUACGUUUUAGCAAAGAAAGGAAUUAGUGUUCAUUGACUGCAAGUUCCCUAGUUCUCUUCAUAAUUAGUAUUCUGUCUGCUGUUGGGUAAUGAUCCUCUCACUUCUCAUGUUCAUUAGUCUGCAUGCUCAGUCUCUCCCUUCUUUUAUGUCAAUGGCUUCUGGAGCGCAUGGCCAUGGUCUGCCCCUGCUGGAAUGACCUUUUACCUCACAGGAGGUGAUUCAGCGCAGUUUCUGCAUUGGCUUUAUCAGUUUGUUCCUUUCCUUGGGGCUUCUGCCAAAUGUCCUUGUGUCCCUAAAUCUGCAUUCUUUGUGCCCACCAUCAGUGGUACAUCCUUCUUCCCAAGCCUUGCUAACCUCCCCGGUGUCUGAGGUAGCUGAAGCCUGUCAAGUCCUGCACCCCAACAAGGCAAUCCAGCCAAGAAGUAACCUGCCUUUCAAAGGCCUGGCCAUCACUCGUUGGCUACUUCUUGUUUCAUGGGAAUAACCUCCCUUCUUGUUGAUGGGCCUUGAAAGCCAUCAACAAGGACAAACUUUAAAGAACACAUUUUCCUGACAAAUAUUUUGCAUUUUGCAGACUCUUCAGCAGGACCAGUGGCUGUGUGGGAGCCGGAGCACCCGAGGCAGAGCAGGAUGGCGGAGCUGUGGGCCUGGGCACGAUCCAGAGCGUUCCACAGGGCCCCAGUCUGCACUGCGUCCCGCAGGGCCCCCAAGAGCCCUGCCGUGCCCGUCAGGGUGACCCAGAGGUCCCAGGACCAAGAGCCAAAUGCCAGCAAGGCAUCGCACAAUGGAAGUGCGCAGAAUGUCAACUUGUAUAACCCAGCUGGAGGUUUGCAGACAAAUAGAGAGGCAUGGUCCAAGGAACAGGAAGUGGAGAAAGGCAUUAAAAAUUUGACCUACAUUGAAAGACUGAAGGAGCGUGUCAAGAAAGUGAAAAUACCAGAGCUCAGGAGAGCCCCACACAGCUCUCCAGAUCUUGUGCCUGAGAGGAAGAGAACGAUGCCCAUGAACCCUGCAAAAUACAUCCGGAGACUUUUCAGUGCUGUUUCUCAACGACCCAUCAGAGACAGGGUGAUUCAUUUACUGGCUCUGAAGAAUUACAAGAAGUCAGAGUUACUUACCUGCUUAGAGAGAGAGGGAGUUGUGGAAAAGGACAAGGAGUCCCUUGGAAAGAUCCUUCAGGAGGUAGCCAACCUGGAUGCAAAUGAGAAUUCUUUCAGUCUGAAGGAACAUUUCUUCAAAGACAUUCAUGUUGAUUGGCCUGGCUACAGUGAAAGAGAUAGAAAGACAUUGGAGGUGACCCUUUUUCAAAAAACAGCUCCAUCUCCAAAUGCCACCAGCACCAGCCAGUCACUGUCUCUGGGACCUUCUGAAAGAAAUACUCCACCGAGAACUGCUCAGAAACGGCCUCUGGCUUCUGCCUUUAUCCAUCCUGUGAUGACCAAGAAGCAGAGGAUUGACCAAGAGCCCCAUGGUAUCCAGUCAGCAGCUGGUGGCCACUCUCCUUCUUCCUUGGACCUGCCUUCCACAUCCUGCUCAACUUUGAACCUGGCUCCAAGUGUCAGCUCCAUUUCCACCUCCACCUGUCAGCUCCAAGAGAAAGAUAAAAUUCGGACUCCAUCUGGAAUCCCAGCGCCUGUCAGGGUGCAGCGGAAGAUUCCCAGCUCCAAAGGAGCAAAAGCAGUGGUCAGAGGAGCCCAGCAAAGCAAUUCAGGUCCUGUGCCUGAGAAGAAGAGGAUGAUGUCUGUGAGACUUGCAGACAUUGACUGGAGCGGUUGCGCUGCUGUUUACGGCCGACCCUACAGGGACAGGGUGAUUCAUUUACUUGCUCUGAGGGAUUACAAGGAGCCAGAGUUACUUGCUCGGCUGCAGAGAGAUGGAGUCAGGCAAAAGGACAAGGAUUCCCUUGGAAAAAUCCUUCAGGAGGUUGCUGACGUGAAUGCAAAGGAUAAUUCCUUCAGUCUGAAGGAACAUCUGUUUCCAGCCCUUCAGACUGAUUGGCCUGGCUACAGCAAAACCGAGAGAGCGAAUUUGAAGUUAAUACUUUCUAGAAAAGCAGCUCCAUCUCAGAACCCCACCAGCAGCAGCCAAGCAACAUCUCCAGGGCCUUCUGAGAGAGAUGCUCCAGCAAGACCUGUUCAGAAACGGCCUUGUGCUUCUGGCUUGACCAGUCCUGCGAUGAGCAAGAAGUGGAGGAUUGAGCAGUAGCUCAGUUACCUCCAGGCAGAACCUGGUGGCCACUCUUCUUCCUGGGUGCUGGCUGUGACAUCCCGUUCUACUUCCUACCUGUCUGCAAAUGUCGGCUCCAUUUCCCCUGCACCCUUUAGGUUCAAGAAAGACACAAAUUUCUGAGUUCUACCAUGACAGCACUCGUGUGUUGAAGACUACCAUGUCAAAAAAGAUGUGAAGAGAAUUCGGGAGGCUGAAGCAGUAGUGUCCCUUGGAUCUCCAUGAAGGGUAGCCCCAGCUACUCUGAGAUGAGGAGCAGAUGCCAGUACCUCCACAAAAAGCUGUCCCACAUUCAGCAAUGAGUAUCUGAAUUUGGCAAGCAGCAAGUGGAGUCCUGGCACCAGCUGUCUACUUCAGCAAGGAAACAUCUAUGAACUCGGGCUGUUUUAUUUUAAAAGAAGAUUAAGCUUUUAGGAUUCUUCAAGUUAGGAUUGAGUAGAUGAUUAUUUGUUAAAAACAUAGGAUUAGUUAGUCUAAGAUUACAGAAUUUAGUAUUGAACUUCAGCAAUAAAGAAGUUGCAUUCUUGUUAACUCCUUCUCUUAUUGUCACUUCUCUCCAAAGAAGUAUUUUUUCCCAUACCGGUUGGGGGAUGGGCCAAUUAAAUCUACUUUCUAAAAAAACCACUAAUUUUACCCUAAACCAACCAUUUUUGGCACCCAAUGUGAGGCCCAAGAAAGAAGAAAAACCUGUAAUGAUUGCAUUUUGGUUGUGCUUACUCUGUAGUGGCACAAAGCAGUCAGUAACGAUGUUACUUGAAGUGGUAAUGUCUCUCGGGGUGGGGGCCUUCAUGUAUUUCUAGUCCCAAGGCUUUUUUGAAGUUGUAAUAACUUUCUAGGCACUAGGAUUAUUUUCUUAUCUGAAAACAGCUCCACUAUUGUUCUAAUCCAUAGCUUUUCCAGUAGAGGGGCAUGGGUUUGAAUAGCUAUUGUGCUAGGCUCAGUAAUAAUAAUUUAUAGGGAGUUUACAAAAGUACUGAAGUCUGUUCAAGAUAUAUUUGGUUUAUAGUUUCUCCAUCCUACCCUAUGUCCCAGUUCCAGUAGCAUGUUUUGGGGGUUUAUUAGAAAUUACACACAGUUUAUUAGAUGAAAAACAAGGGAUGAAUCUUUCCAGCCUUUCCUUUCCUUCUUCUCCUUUGAAUCUGUUAAGUCUCUUUUUGAAAAGGUUCAGUUUCCCCUGAAUGUUAAAGAGACCACUUUCCUCGUAUUUAAUCUAGUAAACUUCCUCUAUAUAGUCUACAGCUCCUCUAGACUGAGGGCUAAGAUGUCCAGAGUAUAAUAAAUAAAAAGGUCUUUGCUCAUCAAAACGAGCAUUGAAAGAGAUAAGAAUUUGAACUGAGUAGGGAAUCUCAAGAUGUGUGAGGUGAAAGAGAAAGGUGGGGAAACAGCAAGUAUUCUGCUUAAGAAUUGUGCAGAUGCAAGUAGCAUAGCAGACUGUGUAACUAAUUAUAUACAAGUUAACUUUUAGGCCAAGGACAAUCUGCAAGGAAGAUGAGGAGCCUUCAUUCCUAUGACCACCAAGGGCAGAAAAAAGACCCCCUAGCACCCAAUUGCACCGGCGCAGAGUGCAUCGACAGAAAAUACAUCAACUGGAAAAAAAAAGGGACUAUAAAAACAAAAAGGUCAAAGGGGGAAGGUGCGCCGUGGCAGAGCAGAGACUCCCCGGCCGCCCAGCGUUGUUCUUUUGCUUAAUACUGCUUGCUUAAUAAAUUCUUGUUAAUUGAUUUAUCUAUAA